UGGAGACUACCUUGACCUUAUGAGAGAUUUUCAAGUUUUCAAAAGAAAUGUUGACACAACCUCAGACAAGGCUUUCAUCAUCAGUAUACCUGUCUCUCUUUCGGAUGUGUCCAAGGAAUACAUGCAAAAAUCAUUUUCUGAAGCUGUGGCGUCAAGUGCUUAUGCAGGGGUAAUGAAAGUCGUUGGAAAUAAACUGAAAAUGUCGGCGUGUGCGGCAAGAGAUCUGUUUCGGAAAGUCAUUGAUAAAGUUACCCGCCAGAUGGAACAGUGCAUUGAUGACGUGAGCAAGAUCGCGCCAGCACGCACAAUAUCUCUGAUUCUGAUGGUAGGGGGGUUCUCAGAGUCACCAUUUGUACAGGAGACGAUAAAAAACAGAUUUGAAGAUGUAGAUGGGAUGAAAGUGCUGGUACCAAAGAAUGCCGGACAAGCAGUUCUCAAAGGUGCUGUCAUAUUUGGAAGACAACAAGACAGUAUAACGUCAAGGAGGAUGAGACAAGGAAACAUGGCUACUGGAGGAACAGACACAUGUGUACUAUCAGAUGAAAUAUUCGAUCUACUUUGUACAGUGUGUAAACGUAAAGGGAAAAACACAGAAGCUGAAAAAUAUUGCGUUGAUUGUGGUGACUACUACUGUUUAAUCUGUGUCAAAGUUCACGAUGAUGUUCCAUUACUGAAUGGGCAUAAGAUUCUCGGUAAGAACCAGUUUCAGUCGAUGUCUAUCAGGAUGAAGCCGCCGGUUCCAACAGAAAGAUGCGACAAACACAGUCAUAAACAUGUAGAUAUGUACUGCAAGUAUCACGAUGAAGUUGGUUGUUCAACAUGUAUGGCUACUGAACACAGAUCAUGUCAGGAUACCUUUUACAUACCGGACUUCAUACAGAACAAUGCAAAUUUAAAAGCAGCAAAUCCAAAGACCAUUCAGCAGGAACUUGAAGCCUCUGUCAAGACCUUAGAUGAAUACCUUGAUGAUUUUCAACAAGAAAGACAACGACUCUUGAAAAGCAAGGCGGACUCAAUUGAAGAAAUCAGAAAAUUUAGACAGGAAGUCAAUGCCAGGCUUGAUGAAAUGGAGCAGAACUCCAUAGUGGAAACAGAAGAUCGAUUCAAAGGACUGAUAAAAGAGAUAGAAGACAGAAUAAAGUCGUUGCAAAAAAAUAAAACCAGUGUUACUUCAGCUAAAGAAAAAUUAGCAUCAGUCAAAAAUAAUGUUUCCCAGGAGUUUGUUAAUGCAAAGAGGGGUAGAAAGGUAGCAAGUGAUGCUAAAGCCUGUGUGGAGGACAGUGAAGCUGGAUAUCAUAGGAAAGAUAUUAAAAUCAUCCCUGAUCAGAUAAUACUGUCAAAGUUGAAAGAAAUGAAUAUGCUGUUGAAAAUAACAGAGCAAGAUUUUCUGCUUCAAGCAAAAAAUAAAAGAACAUGUAAUGUAAAAAUUCCAUCAGAUACAGAUGUCUGUUAUAUUACCUCAGUCUGUUACCUGGCAGAUGAGUCAGUAAUACUGUGUGAUGAAAACAACAAGAAGCUGAAACAUUUAGACAGUUUAGACAGUUCGUCCUAUACCGUUAGCGACUACUAUGAGCUUCCUUCCUAUCCAUGGCAAGCGUGUCCCAUCAGCAAAAAGGAAGUUGCUGUGAGUCUGUAUAAGAACAAUGAAAUUCAUUUUAUUUCCCAUAGCAAUAAAAUGAGAAAAACAAAUCAAAUUAAAACUGACUUUGAAUGUUAUGGUCUGGCCCAUGCAGAUGGCAAUCUGUACAUUUCAGAUGGGUAUUCAUUAGUGUAUGUAUACAGUGUAUCAGGCAUAGAGCUGCAGUGUAUCAAUAUGGAUCUUUCAGGACAGUUCAAAUUUGAUAUGAGGAAUCUGGCUGUCAGUGAGGAUGGUUCCAGAAUGUAUGUUUCUUUCUGGAGUAAAGGAUUCAUCAUAUUAGACAAUAAUGGACAAGUUGUCAGAAACGUCAAUGGUCCAGAGUUACAAAAACCCUGGGGAAUAUUUCAGACCAGCGGUGGUAGUUUGCUUGUUGCCUCUGUGGGUACCAACAAUGUGCUUCAGUAUGGACCAACAGGACGGCUUAUUGGGGAGGUAAUCAAACCUGAUACUGGAAAAAGUAAUUGUUCGGUCGUUGUGUGUAAUCAGCAAACAAACAAGAUGAUCAUUGGUAGGUAUGAUGAGAACGACAUUGAAGUAUAUGAUAUAGUCUGAUAAGGUAGGCAGGACAUAUCAAAAUGUAGUCAACAUACAUUGUUGAAUCUAUCCGCUUAUUUCCCUGGGAUUUUUAACUUGCUUUAUUGGCUUAUGUCUCCUUUUGUGAGCCAAUUUACUGCUGUUGCUAGUUUAAUAUACUGUCAGAAUAAUUGUUUCUUGUAUUGAUGGAACAACAUUAUACCAGAAAAAUAUCAGACAUUAAAAGAAACAACAUGCAGUAAAAUCACAGGGAAAUGAGUACAUAGUUUUUAAAUUAUUGAGAUAAAUAUAAGAGAAAAUCUACAUAUUCAUCAUAUAUAAAUUUUUGCAUAACUUUAACCAUCGAAUCCAUGAAAAGUGUCCCCCAUUCACAGUAGAUAUAACCAAUAAAUGAUAGACACUGCUGUCUUUUCACAGUAUGAACAGAAUUAAGAGAAUUUGACAAUGGGUGCUUAAACGGGUACUAUUUUCCUUACAUAUAUUCUUAAUACAAUUGGAUUUUGAAUAUUUCAAUUACCCAUUGUAUAUAUUAAGUGACUUAUGACAAACUUAUCGAGGGCUGGAGAGAAAACAGUCGGAAAGUCAAGAACUACACGGGAUACUAUUACACUGUGCACAUCUUAUGUUUGAUAUUGGUGGCUGCGUGGGGGAUGUAUUUCAUUAAAUAUCAAGAAUAGUACAGGAUACUUUUACCCUAAGCACUUCUUAUGUCUGAUAUUGUUUUCACUUGAUAUGGUUGAUAUCGAGGGUUGAGUGGGGGACAAAAUUCACUGAACAUCAAGAACAAACUAUGAUACUUCCACACUAUGCAUUUGUUAUGUUUGAUAUGGAGCGCUAGAUGGGGGAGGCGUAAUUCACUGAACAUCAAGCUCAUCCUAGGAUUCUUUUACAGUAUGCACUUUUUAUGUUUUAUAUUGAAGCAUCAUUGAUUAUCAGACAGUCACUUGUAGAGAACAGUAUCUAGGAACCCCGAUUAGAUUAACUGUCCACAUAACUGAAAUACUGUUGAAAAACGGUAUUAAAACCAGAACAAACAAACAAAUCAUUGAUAAUCAUGAACAACCUAGGACACAUACACUAACACUUGCUAUGUUUGAUAUCGAGGACUGGGUGGGGAUGUACGUAAUUCAAUGAACUCCAAGAACAAUACAAUACUUAGAAAUAGUACGUAAUCAAGAAUAUCUAAGGGGAACAACUCUGAAUCGACUAAUAAACUUAAGCCAACAUAAAACUUGGUCAAAAAUGAAAGAAAACUUAAAUACAUGUAGGUCUUUUCCCAACAACUGAUAAGUCAGACAAAAUAUUACCCACAUUUGUUAAAAACGCUUUGUAUUCGAUGCACAACAUGCACACUUUUCUCAUGGCUUACACUGAAAAUUGCCCGCCCGCUUAGCUCAGUAAGUAGAGCGUUGGUCUACGGAUCGCGGGGUCGUGAGUUCGUUCCUCGGGCGAGGCGUAUGUUCUCCGUGACUAUUUGAUAAACGACAUUGUGUCUGAAAUCCUUAGUCCUCCACCUCUAAUUCAUGUGGUGGAAGUUGGCAGUUACUUGCAGAGAACAGGUUUGUAUUGGUACAGAAUCCAGGAACACUAGCUAGGUUAACUGCCCGCCGUUCCUUGACUGAAAUACUGAUGAAAAACGGCGUUAAACCCAAAAUAAACAAACAAACAAAACAAAUACACUGACAAUUAUUUUAUAAGUUGCUCUGAGGCCCUGCUAGAAAGUUUAGUAGUGCAUCAAAAUAAAAUAAUGCAUAAAUAUAUAUCAGGAAAUUGUGCGGCAGUAAGAAACGUUACCUCAGACAUUUAAUUUUAAGCUUUUUAGCCAAAGAUAUUUUUGUUCUCAAUGAUAAUACCUAGGUUUAAACAAAAUUAGAUAUAUCUAAAUGUAAAAUGUAUAUCCAACAAUGAUAAAUUACAAAACAAAAAUGAAACUGGUCUUACAUAUGUAUAACCGUAGGUAGAUUGUUGUUAUAUUCAUCAUUUCAAUUAAUCAUUUGAAGGUGUUUCUUAUGCUUUAUUCAUUUUGAAGCCUUUCUCUGACUGUUCAUGAGUACUUUGCUGCAGAUAGUGGAACAUAAAGUCACUGUCAUCAAAAUUUAAUGUAAUUACAAUAUUUUAAACUGGAAUUAUACGCAUUUUUCAAAUAAAAAUUCAGCUGAAAUUGUUGUGUAUGUAAAAAGGAGGAAGGAAAUUAUAGCUUUUAGCCCAAUAUACCAAACUCUUUCUGUUACCAGUACGAAUUAAUAAGUUUCCAAACAUAACUUCAGAAAUCUCUGCCUAAGACGUAAGAGAGAUCAUUGAUUUUAUAAAACAAUCACUAGACUGCACUAUGUGCAGUAAGAUGCGUAUAAUGCCACUUUAAAGAAGUGGAUCGGUAACAGCUCUCUUCAAUUUCCGCAUUAUUAUGUGCUUGUAAGCAAUUCAACAUUAUCUAGACGUAACUCUCUCUCAUGAAAACCGAAAAAUGAUAAAAAGGCAUACGGGAAUACGUAAUUUGACGAUUCUCGUUACAGGUCCCCUACCUCGCACAAUAAGGUGUUUUAUUUAUUGUUGUAAACAAGAUAAGCGGGUAACUUAAGAUACUACACCAGCGCCACUGGCACCAGAACAGAAAGAAAAUGCCUCUGUACAUGUUAUACCUUACCCCUAGGUAUUCUAUACGAACCAUGGUCAUGAACGGGAAAAUAUACUAACCCGUUUCAAUCGUAAAUUUCUCAACUUAAACGCACAGUUAGGUGAAUGGGUACCUAGUAUAUUGAACAAGCGAUAAUGCACCAGUCACAUUGUCUCAAUAUUCCAUAUUGCUGAGAUUAUCAACAUAUUUUAUGCUUUCGUCAGCGUUACAGAAAAAAAAACAUGCUUGACCUUCCCUAAUGAAAAU